CGAGCUCCAUCAUUCCCUUCGAGACCGUGAACGGAGCAACAAGCAAGCAAACACUUGCUUAUCAACAAAUUUCCAACAGAAGGACAUCGUCCAGUCGUCGCAAAUAAACCCUUCGUCGAUUCGUUCUUCCCGUUCCACCAUUGUUUUUUCUCCCGGAACAAGUUCAGCAUUCAGGGUCAUAAACCCGGUUAAUUUCAACGGAAUAUCGUUGCGCGACGCUGCCUGUCUUUCUGUUCCGCUGGCCUACUCAGGAGAAAAGAGCCCGUCAACUCGGAAAGAUUUUCGCUUCGUCGAAUCCAAAUCUGUUUCCUUACAAACAUGGCUUACCGUUCGCCAGCAGAUGACAUUGAGGAUGAGAUCAGCAGUUGGGGUUACUCGACAUCGUUUUCAGACUACGAACGCACGCUGCAAGCGACUAGAAGUCAGCAACCCCAGUGCAAGGUCGGAGGCCGUGGACGAGGCAUCCUCAAUCCUCAGCACAUGUCUUCUGUGCGUCUUGCUUCGGAAAUUAGCGAUUUAAAAGCUCACUCCUUCCCGAUGGGCCAUUUGCCAACGAGUAAAGAGCUUCUCGCUAGUCCAGCAGAAAACGAGAUUACGCCAAUGCUGCGGAAGUUGGGAUUGAGCAGUCGAGAUGAUGAAAUUCAUAGCAAGACCACUAGAAGGAACGUUGUAGCGAGUGAGGAGAUACGAAUUGAUGGAAACGUUCCUGUAAUUUUGAAUGCUGAUCUGUUCCGGAAUUGUGGAACCGCUGAGGAUGAGGGCAUAGAUGAACCAGAAAACUUUGACCCCGAACAACCUCUGCCAGAACAGUUCAGCACCAUUCCAGAGUUGGCUGUCCCGGAAGAAGAUAAUAUUCACGUAGUAGAAAAUAUUUCAAAGGAAUCGAAAUCGAAGAAAGCCGAAGCGGCCAACUCAUCGAACGAUUCUGCCAUCACCACUAGCAGUUCGUCGUCAAAUCAGUCCAAAAAGGCCAAAGACGGUAAAGGAAAGAAGAAGAAAUGGCGUAAAAUGACCGCCGAUGAACUGAAGCCAGUCGAACCGCAACGAGAUCGGUACGAGGAAGUCUAUUCCGUCGGGGUGCAUGACAAUACCUUAGGAAACUUCUAUACGUCUCGGCAAUUGCAUGGCGAAAGUGGGAUCAAGGGUUGGUCGUCACAUUAUUAGGUCUUAUAGUGUGAAUUAAUUGUAUUAAUAUAUGGGUUACACAAGAAUUUUAAUUAAAAUGUUUGAAAUGCUGAAGUUUUAUAUUUUUAAAA